GAACUGCUUGUCGUUGGCAUUUACUGAACUAACCUCAGGACAGGCAGGACAUGAUGUGGAGACUUCCCCUAUAACCUGCUGUUCAGACAACUCAAUCAUCUUGUUGUACAUAAGGAUACUGUUGGAGCAUCCUUCAGCCGAGAGACUACUCUUCUCGGUUCCGACAGCCCAGUCCUUAUAGAACUCUGCAAUCUUCCCAGCAGAACCAGCAAAGAUGUUUCUAAGCUUAAUGAAAAGAUCACAGAGACUGAAAUGUACUGCUCCGGAUGGUUUAAUAGGCGAGAAAGGAAACAUUCCUACCUCUACCAAAGCAAUAGGCAAUGUCUUGCACAAGGAGCAGUACGCAAAUACUUCGUUUUCUUUGAUUCCCGAAACAAAAAAGAAAAUGAUCUUCACCAAUUUAAUAAACUCAUGGGAACACUCACAAGAAUUACUGAAGCCGGGACCAACAGCUAUCUUGUUGGGCAAGUUGUCAUUACUGCUCAAAAAAGCCAGGUAAGCUGUUGGCAAGUACUUCAUCAAGUCCUUCCAAGCAGUAAAAAGCUUUCAUUUUUUCAACCGAUGCUCGUUCUGCAUAGUGGUGGUAUCUUUGAUAAUGACAGGGCUGUUGGUUACAGACGUGUUGGUGGCAGCUUCAACCUCAAUCGCAGUCUCAGAUUCACUGACAGGAAUCGGUUGUUGGAACUGAAACGAUUCUUUAUAGUUGUCGUUCCAUUGGUCAUCGAAAUGCUCGUCACCGCCACUACAGCCAUCUUCUUGCACAGCAACAGUCUUGCGAAUGGCCGCAUACUUGUAAAGAUCGUCAAGCAUCGCAAAAGCGGCAGCUUCUUCUUUGUCUGCAGCGUCCACCAGCUCUUGUCGCAUACUAUUCAGCAAUGCGAUGUCUUGAUGGGCAAAACCCAAAUCUGAUCUAUUUUUCUUCCCUGUAGGUAUUUUAACUGUAGAGGGUUUACGUUUGGUACGUGUAGGUGCUUUACGUUUGAUAGGUGCCAUUAUAAGUGUACUGUAAAAAAAUG